CGGUUGGGGGCGUUUGGGCGGUUCGAGUCUCUUCAACUUGGACGGUAACCCUCGCUGUCGGCCACGUGGCGGUCCAGCAACAAUUUCUAAAUCGAAACCAAAAUCACUCGCACUCGCACUGGACGUGGCGUUCCCUCGAAUUUUUGCAGAUUCUUAGGAAACACGCGAACGUAUACAUACACUUUAUGUAAUUGCGUGUUGCUUCCAUUUUCUGCUCCUUGUGAAAAAUCCAGGGUUUCGGCUUUUCCUCGCUUUCCCUUCAAAUCGAAUCCAAUUUUUGUUUCUGUGAAGUCCAAGCAGAGCGCCGCAACGGCGUACAAGUUUUGAUCCGGUCGCGUUCUUCGUUUAUUUUCUAAUCGUUCGGCAUUGGUCGGCAUUGGUCGCAUAAUCGACGAGUUCUUGUUCGUGUUUGUCAAUCAAAGACUCCUGUAGCACAAAAGCCUGAGUUAAGUAAAGCUGCUUCUCCAUGCAGCAUUGGCCUUUUUAGACAAGCGCAUACUUUCAGAUCAUGGAAAUAAUCUUUACAUGCUGCGUCCAUCUUCUCGGGUAAUGGGUUGCUUGAAGCUUGAAGAUAUAGUGGUCGGAGAUGAACAUUUCUGCACUUUUAACUUCUGUAGGAAUUAAUACAGGCGUCUGUGUGGUCCUUUUAGCACUAUAUUCCAUAUUGAGAAAACAACCAAGCAAUGUGAGUGUGUACUUUGGGCGAAGUCUCGCUUCAGUGUGCCCAAGACGCAGUGAUCCUUUCCACUUUGUUAGGUUUGUUCCUUCGCCUAGUUGGAUAGUGAAAGCAUGGGAAACAUCUGAAAAAGAAAUAUUGGCCAUUGGUGGCAUGGAUGCUGUGGUUUUUCUCAGGGCAGUUGUUUUCAGUAUUCGAAUCUUUGCCAUUGCUGCCGUCAUUUGCUUUCUUUUAGUACUUCCGGUGAAUUAUUAUGGGCAAGAAAUGCGUCACAAGCAAAUCCCUUCUGAGUCAAUGGAAGUGUUCACCAUCGAGAAUGUUAAGGAAGGUUCAAAGUGGCUUUGGGCUCAUUGUCUCGCAUUGUACAUUAUAACCUGCUCAGCUUGCAUUCUUCUUUACUUUGAGUACAAGAGCAUCACCAAGAUGAGGCUAGAACACAUUGCUCAAUCUCCUCCAAAGCUAAGUCAUUUUACAGUUCUUGUCCGUGCUAUUCCCCAGAUUUCACAAGAAUCAUACAGUGAUUCAGUGAAAAAGUUUUUCACUAAUUAUCAUGCAUCAAGCUACUUGUCACACCAAAUGGUGCAUCGGUCUGGUAAAGUUCAAAAGCUGAUGACUGAUGCAGAGAAGAUGUACAUGAUUUUUAAGGCUGCUUCUCUUGAACAGAACUGCAAGCCAAAUUUAAUCCAAUGUGGCCUUUGUGGAGGACCUACACAUUCUUUUAAUAUCCUUUCUAGUGAGAUGGACAGGGAUAAGGGAAAAACUGGCUUCAGUGAUAUAGAUUUGGCUACAAUAAGAAAGGUGUGUCCAGCUGCUUUUGUUUUUUUCAAGACUCGCUAUGCUGCUGUUGUUGCUUCACAGGUUCUUCAAUCUUCAAAUCCCAUGUCAUGGGUGACAAACUUGGCUCCAGAACCACAUGAUGUUUAUUGGUCAAACCUUUGUAUACCAUAUAGACAACUUUGGAUCCGUAAGAUAGUAACACUUGUGGCUACCAUUGCCUUCAUGCUUGUGUUUCUUAUUCCGGUUACGUUUGUACAAGGCUUGACUCAACUAGAACAGCUACAAGAAACAUUUCCAUUUCUGAGAGGACUUUUGAAGAAGAAAUAUGUGAGUCAGCUGGUAACAGGUUACCUUCCAAGUGUGAUUUUGAUUUUAGCUUUGUAUACAGUUCCACCUGCCAUGAUGCUAUUUUCAGCAGUGGAGGGGUCUAUUUCCCGUAGUGGGAGGAAGAAGAGUGCAUGCUGCAAAGUCUUGUACUUCACAAUCUGGAAUGUUUUUUUUGUUAAUGUUUUAUCGGGGACUGUUAUCAGCCAAUUGAAUGUCUUUUCUAGUGUAAAAGACAUACCUGCGCAACUUGCCAAAGCGGUGCCGAGACAGGCGAGCCUCUUCGUGACUUAUGUUUUAACAUCUGGUUGGGCUAGUUUGUCAUUUGAAGUGAUGCAAUUUUUUGCUCUUUUCCACAACCUGGUGAAAAGAUUCAUACUCAGAACCAAUGAUGAUUCUUCCAAUGGCACUUUUUCGUUUCCAUAUCAUACAGAAGCACCACGAAUCCUCCUGUUUGGAUUCCUUGGCUUGACAUGUGCCAUCUUGGCACCCUUGAUAUUGCCCGUCCUGCUGGUUUACUUUUCACUUGCUUACCUUGUAUAUAAAAAUCAGAUUCUCAAUGUAUAUGUGUCAAAUUAUGAAAGUGGGGGACAGUACUGGCCUAUUGUCCACAUCACAACAAUCUUUUCGUUGGUGUUGUCACAAAUAAUAGCUCUUGGUGUCUUUGGAAUCAAACGAUCGCCAGUCGCUUCAGGUUUCACCAUUCCGUUGAUUAUUGGCACUCUUCUAUUCAAUGAGUACUGUAGGCAGCGAUUUCUCCCAGUAUUUAAGAACGACGCUGCAGAGGUUCUUAUUGAGAUGGAUCGCAAAGAUGAACAAUGUGGGAGGAUGGAAGAGACUUAUCGACAAUUACAGUCAGCAUAUUGUCAGUUCAAAGUAAUUUCUCAGGAGUUAUGUAGAUCUGUGUGCUUGAAUCAUCAAGGAGAGGGGGACAGCAGUCUGGAUCCCAAAACGUUGAGGCCAGGUUUGAUUCACCCGAUGCUUGAGAGACUCCCACUUCCUGGAAUCAAAGAAAUAAUUGGUUGGCUGUCUUUGCUUUUCUAUUUUCAGGAAAGGAACCAAGCCAGCUAAACGAGUCAUGUACUGUUAGCAACUUGGAUAUAGCAGAAACCAGCAAGAAGUAGAUCUAUCUCAAUUUUCUGUACAUAAUCCCCCUGUUAAUGUGCAAAUUUUGGAUAUAGCAGAAACCAUCAAGAAGUAAAUUGAGCUCAUUCUACUGCACACAAUCCAUCUGUCAAUGUGCAAAUUUCAGGCGGCAAUGGAAAGGCUUGUACAGGAAAUUAAGGUACUGCUCGGACUGGCUGAAAAAUACUAGUAUAGGAAUUAGUAUCCCCUAAAUUUUCUGUAUGGGUGAUGAUAGAGGGAAAGCAAAGUUGUUAUACAGUUGUGAUUGAACGCUUAUAUUCUGUGACUGCGUCUUUAACCAAUUGGUAUGCAUUGUGAGAGAAUCAAAAGAGAGAAUUGAACAGCUAGUGUUAUGGAUAAUGCAUGCUACACUAAACUAUGAGUUACUGUAGAUUUCUUUAAUCAGCGCAGCUUUUUGUGUGAAAUUUGUAAAAUACUGGUGUAAUUAUUAAUUACAUGUCAGACAUUUGGUGAUAA